AUGGAUGAUGACCGCCUAACACAAAUUCUGCAAUCAGGGUUCACAGAAGCGGGUGUCAACCUGGAUGAAUUACAAAAAAUUCCGAACACUACCUUACCUCAAGUGUGUUAUCACUUGAUCUCACAGCUGCCUAAGGUACUGUUGUCCAAAAUCUUCUCCGGUUACAAAACUUGCAAAGUGCCAGCCUUAAUGAGACAGCGUUGGGAGCAACUGGAUCUUAUCAAUCGUAGGGGUGCACUGGAUAAGCAGAGGAUCACGUCAGUCUUCGAAUACCUGAAGUUAGGAAUUGACCGUAAGGCGAAGGAUGUUUGUAUUGUUGAACUCUCCGAAUUCGUAAUGCGAAUGCAGCAGUUGGGUCGACUAAUGGGCUUGCAUCAGGUGAGUAAAAGAAGCAUUCUCUGCCACUUUGAAUGCAUGCUGCAACAUGUGUUGAAUAAGCAUCUUCCUGAGGUUAUUUCAUGA